AUGGCCGCUACCACGAAAAUCGCUUUGUCCACGCUAGCCAUCGCUGUCCUUGGGCCCUAUUGUUAUGACAGGUACCUAGCUCUCUCCACAAUCGUAAGGAAUCGACCGGGACACUACGAGCCAAUCAACAUAUUCAAAGGCCAUGAAAUCAAAUUUCGCGAUACCCACGACUUCCGAAACUGCGAGGAUCUGCUGUUGAGCGAAGUCCGAGGCGUUGCUAUAUUAUCUUGCGACCCCGGCAGAGACCGAUGGAACACUGUCAUGGGCACUUUUCGCCCUGAUGAAAACCUCACAAGCGGGAGUCUGUGGCUGUAUGAUUAUACAAGCACAGAGCUCGGGUCGAACGAUUCUAUUAAGCAGCUCGCUUUCAACGACUUCCCCCAUGAAGGCGAUUUCCAUCCGAUAGGUAUGGAUCUGGACAAGGAAACCUCCAUAUUGUACGUGGUCAAUCACGCCCAGAGCGGCUCUUGCAUCGAGACAUUCCGGCUAGAGGCAAACACGCUCAUUGACAUCAAAACGAUCACUCAUCCACUGCUGCACGCUCCCAAUUCUAUUGAAUCAGUUGGCGACGGAAGUCUAUACGUCACGAACGACCACAUGUUCCGUUCUCGCGUCUCCCCGGUGCUGUCGAAGUUUGAGACGUUUUCAGGCCUCCCUGGUGGCACUAUAGUGCACAUUGAUCUCAAUAGAACGGAAGGUGCACAAGUAGUGGCCCGGGUUCCGUUCGCCAACGGAAUUGCGAGACUGAACUCUACGACGUUAGCCGUAGCCUCAUCAUCUAAACCUGGCCUGUAUCUGUACGGCAUGCAGCUUGAUCAUAGCUUGAAUUUUAAGGGAAUGUUUAGAACACCAGCAGCUGUCGAUAAUUUGAGCGUAGAUUCUGAGGGCACACUAUUGAUGGCGGGCCAUCCUUCCGCGCUCGAGCUGAUGAAAAUUAGCAAAGGCCGUCCACUUUGCAGUCCCAACAGCGAUUCAGAAGCUGAAAGAAUCGCUUGUGACUGUACGGCCCCGAGCUGGGCAGCGCAAUGGUCCGAAGAAAAGGGAUUGGAGACCCUCUUCCAGGGCUCUUACUUUUGUAGUAGUAGUACGAUGGUGCGAGACGUGAAGCGGGGGAUUAGCUUGAUCUCAGGCUUGUAUGAGCGUGGAAUAAUGGUGAUCAAUGAGUGAGAACGUAUGUAAGAAAGCUAUCAGUGUCACGUUACAUAGCGAAGCUCUGCCCAGUAUAAUUCCGCUUGCCUGCAGCCGUGAAGCGCACUGUCGAGUUUAACACGGAUCCUGGAAUCUUAGUUUGGUGGGGAGCAGACGCUCCUGUGGAACAGCGGCC